AUGCAAACUCUUGAGAAUACAGAGAUCACCAUGAAGAAUAGCAACUUGGCUAGUGAUGAUCUGCUUUAUGAUAGCCCAGAUAUUCAAGAGACCAAAGGGUUUCUUCAAGCUCACAUAGACGAUCACGGUCACAGAGUUAUUGAUUCUUCUAGAAUCGUUAAUGACCUGAGAGAUUCGAGAAUGAACUAUAAGAUCGUGAGGGACUACAACCCGAUACCGAAACCAAAAGCUCAGUAUCCAGAUUUCUACAGCACAGUUCCAGCGAAGCCAAGAGGUGAAGGGGUUGCUAAAUUUUUCAUGGUGACUAUCCCGAUCUUAAUCGGUAUCGCCUCAGUUGCUGUCUUUGUCCUGUAUAUGACUAAUAGACUCAAGAUGCCUAAAUUCAUGAAGAAAUUUGUCAAAAAAGUGUCUAAAAAGCUAUGUCCAAAGAAAGAGACGAGAGAAGAUCACAUGGCUGAAAUCAACAAAUAUUUUGAAGACAAACCAAGAGAUGGUCAUGACAGAAUCAUGAGAAGAGUGAGGUACAGAGUCAGACGCCAAAUGGAGGACAAUACUGCAAACCAUAUCCACAAAUGUGGCCUUGAGGAAAGUGGAAGGGAAAGGACCCUUUCAGAAACCAAAGAAAGCGCUACUUUAAUUAUUUUUGCUCUCUUCAAGUUAGUUAUCAAGAACAAAAAGACUGCGUAUGGUCGUUACGGAUGAUUUGACAUAACCGCUGAGAACAACCCUUACCGAAAACUGAGCGAUACCUAUUAUUACAGGUUGAACAAGAACUACAAGAUGUUUGACAAUGAAGGUGGUCUUACCUUCACUGCUAAGGAUAUUGUAAAAGAUUACCACUCAAUCUUUUACAAGUGAGCUGAGAUCGAUACUCUUAAGAAGAUUUUAAGGAAAACUGAAGAGAAGUUGUCCGAGGAUAGGAGUGAAGAUAUCUUGAGACAGUUCGUGACCGAGCUAUGGUGUACUGAAUCUAACAUUGUGAACUAUGUAAUUAAGUCAUUAUUGUUUGAUUCAUUACAUUGAUGUCUAACUGGAGAAAUCCCUGAAUUCUUCAGACAUUUGUUUGACAAGAAGCGUGUCAAUUAUAACGAACAAAGAAGCCAGGAAAGAGUCCAAAGAUCUGGCAGUCGCUCGAGCCUAGAGGAGAUUAAAGGCAGAGAAGAAGAUGCUAAGCCCAAAAAUACAUCAAACUGGAUGAAUGUGGCUGCUUAUAGGACUGUGUUGCGUGUCUCUAUUAAGUUUUUCCUCGCUUUCAACCACUACAUCUCCUAUACUGGCAACAACUACGAUGAGGAGUAUGAGUGCUAUAUUUUCUUAAGAAAGUCCCUCUUCCUUCAGUCUCAAAAGAGAGAUAGAUACAGGUUUAUUUGUUACUCAACUGCCAAUGUAUGUCCUCAGGAAAUGUCUAUGGAUCAGUUUUAUAAGAGAAUUAUUCCUGAGAAAGCUAAAGAAGGUGUAAUCAUCAAGAUCAGAGUCCCAGCUAAGUGUAGGAAUUGUGCAAUGAUUAAUGAGAUUCAUGGGUCUCCAUCCUUUCAUCCAAAUGAAGUGAUUAUAGCUCCUUAUUCUCUUUUCACAUUUGAAGGGACAGGAGACCUUGAUGUUGACAAUAAAAGAGAUUUUAGAAGCUACUCACAAGUCACUCUUCAGAUAGAUAAGUUAAAAACCAACCUUGGUGACGAUGAGGCUUUCUGGAUGGAGAAAAGUAUUGAUCUCGAGAAAAAUUUCUAAGUUUCAAUUAUUCAUUAGUUAA